AUGACUACAUCUUGUUAUAUAAAAGCAUCGUGUUCAUUAAAUUGGGAUCCCGAUUCAUUGUUUAAUUUAGCUUUAUCAGCCGUAGCAAAAUGUUUUAAUAAAUAUUUAAAGGAAAUUAAAGAAUUACCGGCCGAAGUUUUAUUUGAUUUAUUUUAUAUGCUUUAUAGCAAAGGUCGGUUAUGUCAGCUUAGUUUUCAGUUGAGGGACUUACAAGUAUUUGAUAGAAUAUUGCAAGUUAAAAGUAAAAGAUGUCGUCUACAUCAUUGUUUUCAAGCAUUAGCCGAUCAUGGAACAAGUUUACCAGAAUCAGUAGCAGACAUCUAUAAACAAACAAGUCAUACCAAUUUUUGUACUCCAAACGAUCGUGACAGACAUAUUAGUCUCGGAUUUUCCUUAGGUUCGUUCUUUUUUGAUGCUGGCUGGUAUUGUGAAUCUGAAUUAUGUUUUAAAUCAAUUUAUGAUUUAACGUGUAAUGAAAAACCGGAAAAUUUAUUUCGAAAAAUAGAUGUUGCAGAACGAAUUAUUCACUGUCAAAUCUGUGAUUAUCGUUACGAUGAAGCUAAAUCCACAAUGGACCUAAUUCAAACAUUAUUAAAACAAACUGAAAAUGAAAAUUUGUCUAUUAACAAAGCCCUUGUCUACAUACGAUUUGCCGCAUAUUAUUUAGCUGUUUCUAAUUAUAACGAGGCCUACGCAUGGUCCUUGAAAUCAUUUGAAGAAUUAACCAAAUUACCACACAUUUUGUCUAUUUCAAUUCGUACCAUAAUCGACGUGUUACGUUUAUCAUCACGAGUAUUUACUGUUCGAAGAUUAUUUUCACAAGCUGACGUUUUAUGUAAACAAGCAUGUUUAUUGGCUCGUAAACAUUUUGGUACUAAAUCAUUGAAAUAUGUUGAUUGUAUUAAAGAUUAUGGAUUUUAUCUAUUGUACGUUGAUUCGAUAGAUGAGAGUGUUCAAGCCUUUCAAUUAGCGUUAGAUAUAUGUUUACAAAUAUUUGGUGGCAAUAAUAUUCUUGUUGCCAUAGCACAUUGUGAUUUGGCUUAUGCUUUGUAUGUACAAGAAUAUUCAAAUGGGAGAUUUGAUAAUGCCAGAAAGCAUGCUGAACAAUCAAUUGAAAUUCUACAACGACAAACAAAACAAAAAUAUUUACUAUUAGCAUCAUGUAAACGAGUUAAAGCACUUAUUGUAGAAGAGAUUGCCAUCGAUAGUAGAGAUCCAUCCGUAAAAAAUCAGUUAUUGAAUGAAGCGCAUGAAUUGCAUCAGUUCAGUUUGAAAUUGUCUUUGGAUAUAUUUGGAGAAGAAAAUAUCAAUACAGCAAAACAUUAUGGAAAUUUAGGACGAUUAUACCAGUCCAUGAACAAAUAUGAUGAUGCGCGCGAAAUGCAUUUAAGAGCAAUUCGAAUAAAAGAGAGAAUACUUGGUGAAGAUGAUUAUGAAGUAGCAUUGAGUAUUGGUCAUUUAGCAUCAUUGUAUAACUAUGAUAUGAAAAAAUAUGACGAAGCGGAACGAUUGUAUUACAGAUCAAUUGACAUAAGUCGUCGUUUAUUUGGCGAUAGUUAUUCUGGUCUUGAAUAUGACUAUCGUGGCUUAGUUCGUUUAUAUCUAGUCCAAGGAUAUUGGUCUCAGUUAGAUCAACUUCAACAAACAUUUUUAAACUAUCAAAUGUUACGUUCAACUGAAAAGCCAUUAGAAAAUAUUUUACAAUUAGAUAAAGAACCGAUGACGACUGAAAACUUGUUUGACUAUGUCCGAUUAACAAUCAAUUCUAAUACGUGA